AUGCUCUAUCUUCGUCGUCCUCCUCCCGUCGUCGUCGUCAGUCGUCGUAUCUGAGCCAAAUCUUACUUGGAAGUAGGGUUUUGGCCUGUCCAAUCCGAUCCACCCACCUUGUGCAGUUGCACUUGCAGCGAUGGGGAAGGACUCCAAGCCGAAGGACGCCAAGGGGAAGGACGCCAAGGGGAAGGGCAAGCAGGCGGCCGGCUCCUCCGGCGGUGACGACGGCGGCGGCAAGGGAGGCAAGGGCAAGGGCGGCAAGUCCGCUGACGGACUCGGCACCUGCACCUACGUCAAAGCUAGGCACGUAUUGUGUGAGAAGCAGGGAAAGAUCAAUGAAGCUUAUAAGAAGUUGCAGGAUGGAUGGCUGGACAAUGGGGACAAAGUCCCUCCUGCUGAGUUUGCUAAGGUAGCACAAGAGUAUUCUGAAUGCCCAUCAGGGAAGAAAGGUGGAGAUCUUGGUUGGUUUCCGCGUGGCAAGAUGGCUGGCCCUUUCCAGGAGGUUGCUUUCAACACACCUGUGGGAGCUUGUAGCGCACCAUUCAAGUCCACGCAUGGGUAUCACUUUAUCCUCUGCGAAGGAAGGAAGAACUGAUCCAGAAGUGUGAUUCAGGUUGGGGAGACUGCAUCAUCAUGCUGUAUUAUGCAAACUACUCGUCUUCUCUAAUAAGCGCUGGACAUGUGUACUUUGUGUUGGGCUAUUCGCAUCCCGGCCCUAAGGACUUGCCAAAACAAAAGAAUGUGUGUUUUGCUGUAAUUAACAUAUGAUACUGGUAAUCUGAUAUGGCAUACCUAUCCGGGUCGGUUAACAGGUGGGGUUUUAGCAUGUGCAUGCCAUUUAUG